GGGUGCUUUCUUUAGUUUCCUUCUUAGACUUUAGAAUUGCCACUGUUACUAACUGGAGCUGGAACUUGAACUGGAUCUGGAUCUGGAUCUGGAUCUCUCUCUCUUUCUCUCUCACUCUCAUAUUUUCUCAGUACUCUGCAUUGUCCUAUCAAACCCCAUCUCUCAAAUUCAAGAUUAUGGUCUGAUCCCAGAAAAAGAAACUUAAUUGCAGACAAUAAAGGGUAUUUGUUUGCAGUCAACGGUCAAUGGUCAAAACAGGCUAAGUAAUAAGAUGGUGAGAUUAAGGACAGUGAGUGAUGGUUUGAGAUGCUGAUAUGUUGCCUUCAAAAUCUAGAUGAAGGCAACCACCCUAUGCAGUGCAGUGGCAACUAAAUGUAAAAGCUAUUGAUAUUUCCUCAUCAUGUCUGGUUCAAGACAGCGUCCCUACCUCAAGAGGCCUGUGUGGAUUAUUGUAUUGGUGAAUUUUGUGAUCUUGUUCUUGAUUGCUGCCUAUCUUUACCCUCCGGCAACUUCGGCAGCUUGCUUUAUUUUUUCUCCUACAGACUGUACUUUGCUCAAUCAGCCACCAGCUCCCAAAAUUCCUACUAGGGAAUUAACUGAUGAUGAGACCAUCUCUCAGGUUGUAAUUAAGGAAAUCCUCAAAACACCUCCUGUUGAAUCCAACAAUCGGAAAAUUGCCUUCCUGUUUUUGACUCCGGGUCAACUCCCUUUUGAGCCACUCUGGGCUAAGUUCUUUCAGGGCCAUGAGGGUAGAUUCUCUGUCUAUGUACAUGCUUCCAAAGAAAAGCCAGUACACACAAGUCAUUACUUCAUGGGCCGAGACAUUCACAGUGAAUCGGUGUCUUGGGGUAAAAUUUCCAUGGUUGAUGCUGAGAGGAGACUGUUGGCAAAGGCACUUUUAGACUCUGAUAACCAGCAGUUCGUGUUGUUGUCCGAAAGUUGCAUACCAUUACAGAACUUUGACUAUGUCUACAACUACUUGAUGCUCACUAAUGUCAGCUUUAUCGACUCUUUUGUGGAUCUUGGUCCACAUGGAUCCGGGAGAUAUUCCGAGCAUAUGAUGCCCGAAGUUGAAAAGGACGAUUUUCGAAAAGGCUCACAGUGGUUCUCCAUGAAGCGGCAGCAUGCUAUAAUAGUUAUGGCUGACAGCCUAUAUUACACUAAGUUUAGGUAUUACUGCAAGCCAAAUAUGGAAGGGCGCAAUUGCUAUGCAGAUGAGCAUUACUUGCCAACUUUUUUCAAUAUGAUUGAUCCUGUUGGAAUAGCAAAACGGUCGGUAACAUAUGUGGAUUGGUCUGAACGGAAGUGGCAUCCUAAAUCAUUUAAGGCCGAAGAUAUUACAUUGAAGUUCCUCAAGAACCUUACAACCAUUGACGACAUAGUCCAUUUCACAAGUGAUGAAAAGAGGAUGCUUACAGGACCAUGCCUGUGGAAUGGAAUAAAGAGACCUUGUUAUUUAUUCGCAAGAAAGUUUUAUCCACAAACAUUGGAGAGGUUGAUGUUCUAUUUCUCUAAUUAUACAACACUAUCUGUCUAGUCUUUCCCUUUCCCCUUGCCUUUCCCUAGUGCUGUGAUUAAUGUUAUUAUUCUUUGAUUUGAUGGGAUCAGUAUCACAAGCGGACUCAGAUCAAUGUCAUUCAACAGGAUUAAAAUUUUGAUUGAUAAAAGGUUUUAUUUUAAGGGUUUUUA